ACCAAAACACUCUUCAGCAGAAAGGAUUUUUCACAGCAGCUUAUGCAGCGAUGGAUCUGGACAAACCAUCUGUCUGGGACUCAUUGAAACAAAGAACACGGCCUUUGUUACUAAACCUGAGCAAGAAGAAAGUGAAGAAAAAUUCAGAAAAAACCCUGGACUUAAGAGAAAGUUGUCGUUUAGAUAGACGACUGAGUCUAUCAGUACCUGACAUAUUGGAGGCUGGGGCUUUAGCUCAAAAUGAACAUCCUUAUUCAGCACACCAGGCUUCAUUCACAUCCGUGCCCCAUGGCCUUUCCACUGCAGGGAUGUCUCUCAAGAGCAGCAGCAGUUCCUUAAAACACUCUGAAGAAGACUCAGAGUGGAGCCAGGAGGAAGUAGCCCAUUAUAGUGUAGCUGAAACAGACUCAGAAGAAAUGUACACCUCUGUUUUGGAGGAAAGGAGAGCAUCUAGUGAUGGGAUCUUUGAGGAACUUCAGAAGACCAACCUGGGCAGUGACACAGUUGAAGAGACAGAGAAGAUAUGUGGAUCUAGUGAUUUGGAUUCUUCAAUGACCUCCCAGCUUUUUGAAGAGCAAUCUACUCUAGAAGAAGCAGGAGAUUGCUUAAGUAACCUCCCCAGUCCUUUUGCUUACCUUCUCACCAUACACCUGAAAGAAGGCAAGAACCUUGUCAUUAGAGAUCGCUGUGGUACAAGUGAUCCGUAUGUGAAAUUUAAGCUGAAUGGCAAGACCUUGUACAAAAGCAAAGUCAUAUAUAAGAACCUGAACCCAGUUUGGGAUGAGAUAGUUAUAUUACCAAUACAAAGCCUUGAUCAAAAACUUCGAGUUAAGGUAUAUGAUCGAGACCUAACUACAUCUGACUUUAUGGGUUCUGCAUUUGUAGUCCUUAGUGAACUUGAACUUAAUAGGACGACUGAACGUAUUUUAAAAUUGGAAGACCCAAACAGUUUAGAAGAGGACAUGGGGGUCAUUAUUUUAAACCUAAACUUGGUAGUCAAACAAGGUGAUUUCAAAAGAAAUAGAUGGUCAAAUCGGAAGAGGUUAAGUGCAAGUAAGUCCUCUUUGAUUCGCAACCUGCGUCUUUCAGAAUCUUUGAAGAAGAACCAACUCUGGAAUGGAAUUAUUAGUAUUACUUUAUUGGAAGGGAAGAAUAUCUCUGGAGGAAGCAUAACAGAGAUAUUUGUACAAUUAAAACUAGGAGAUCAGAAAUAUAAAAGCAAGACACUGUGUAAGAGUGCAAAUCCUCAGUGGAGGGAACAGUUUGAUUUUCACUACUUCUCUGACAGGAUGGGCAUAUUGGACAUUGAGGUGUGGGGAAAGGAUCACAAAAAGCAUGAGGAACGUUUGGGGACGUGUAAAGUGGAUAUUGCAGCCCUCCCACUCAAGCAAGACAAUUGUUUAGAGUUGCCACUGGAGAACCGUCUUGGCUCACUGCUCAUGCUGAUCACACUUACACCCUGUUCAGGAGUCUCUGUCUCAGAUCUCUGUGUCUGCCCCUUGGCAGAUCCCAGUGAAAGAAAGCAGAUUUCCCAGCGAUAUUGCUUACAGAACUCUCUAAAGGAUAUGAAGGACGUUGGCAUUUUACAAGUGAAAGUUUUAAAGGCAUUAGAUCUCUUAGCUGCAGAUUUCUCAGGUACGAUUAGAGAUGGGCAGCAAAGUUGCUAUGUACUGAAGAAUAAAGAUUUAGAACAAGCUUCAAAAGGAGUUAUUUAUUUGGAAAUGGAUGUCAUAUAUAAUCCGGUAAAAGCAAGCAUUAGAACCUUUACACCCAGAGAAAAGCGCUUUGUUGAAGAUAGCCGCAAACUUUCCAAAAAGAUUUUAUCAAGGGAUGUUGAUCGUGUGAAAAAAAUCACUAUGGCAAUAUGGAAUACAGUACAGUUUCUUAAAAGCUGUUUCCAGUGGGAAUCUACAUUGAGGAGUAUAAUAGCCUUCAUGGUGUUUCUGGUCACUGUCUGGAAUUUUGACCUGUACAUGAUCCCCCUGGGUUUAUUGUUGCUCUUUGUUUAUAAUUUCAUCAGACCCAUGAAAGGAAAGGUCAGCAGUGUCCAAGACAGCCAGGAAAGCACAGAUGUAGAUGAUGACUAUGAAGAAGAUGAUAAGGAAUCUGAGAAAAAAGGUUUAAUUGAAAGAAUCUACAUGGUCCAAGACAUUAUUACUACUGUUCAAAAUGUCUUGGAGGAGAUAGCAUCUUUUGGAGAACGAAUUAAAAACACAUUUAACUGGACAGUUCCAUUCCUUUCUGCACUGGCUUGUUUAGCACUGGCAGUAGCCACUGUUACACUGUACUUCAUACCACUGCGCUACAUCAUCUUAAUAUGGGGCAUAAAUAAAUUUACUAAGAAGCUUAGAAAUCCCUAUGCCAUCGACAAUAAUGAGCUACUAGAUUUCCUCUCCAGGGUACCAUCUGAUGUUCAAAAGGUGCAGUAUGCUGAAUUGAAACCAUACAGCAACCACAGUCCCCUUAGGAAGAAGCGGAGUGCUCUCUAGGACACAUACUGACUUUGGAAUGCAGCAUCUCUUUUUGGGUUUGGUUUAGACCAGCACUAAAACCAUUAGUGUCCGUAUAGUCAUUCUGGAAAGGCAUAUUUAUUUCACAUUUUCCCAACUCCCCCCUGUAGGAAAUCAUGCAAUAUUGGCAUUGUCUUUCACUCAG